GAUGCCGACGUCAUGACGCACACCAUGAGUCUCUCUUCGGGAAGAUGGCUGCUGUAUACAUGAUGCGAAACUGAAUGGACCGACAACAGCCCAAAACUGCUAAAUUUCCCCCUUCUUUCCACCUCCGUCUCCCUCUCAACAUCCACACAGAUGCGUUUGCAUUCAAACGAAGCCGAUUUUAACAUAGCGUGAAGAACUAAGAUGAUAAUAUGACCCAGAAGAAGAAGAAGCGAGUGAAUCGCAGUUUGUUACUGGCGAAGAAAAUCAUCAUCAAGGAUGGAGGAACGCCUCAAGGCUAUGGUUCUCCAAGCGUUUAUCACGCCGUCAUCGUCAUAUUUCUGGAGUUCUUCGCUUGGGGUUUGCUGACAGCACCAACUUUAGGAGUUCUUCGUGAAACAUUCCCCAAACACACGUUUCUCAUGAAUGGCUUGAUCCACGGGGUCAAGGGUCUGCUGUCGUUUUUAAGCGCUCCUCUGAUUGGUGCUCUGUCAGACGUGUGGGGAAGGAAGUCGUUUCUUUUACUCACUGUCUUCUUCACGUGUGCUCCAAUUCCUUUAUUGAAGAUCAGCCCAUGGUGGUACUUUGCCAUUAUCUCUGUAUCUGGAGUGUUCGCCGUUACCUUCUCGGUUAUAUUUGCCUAUGUGGCCGACAUCACCCAAGAGCAUGAGCGCAGUAUGGCUUACGGCAUGGUCUCGGCCACGUUCGCGGCGAGUCUGGUGACAAGCCCAGCCAUCGGCGCGUAUCUGAGUCAGGUCUAUGGAGACAGUCUGGUAGUGGUUCUGGCUUCUGCCAUUGCUAUGCUUGACAUCUGCUUUAUCUUGGUGGCCGUGCCCGAAUCACUGCCGGAAAAGAUGAGACCGGCCUCCUGGGGCGCUCCAAUCUCUUGGGAACAAGCGGACCCCUUUGCUUCUUUGAGGAAGGUGGGCCAGGACUCGACGGUUCUGCUCAUCUGUAUAACAGUGUUUCUGUCAUAUCUGCCUGAGGCUGGCCAAUACUCCAGCUUCUUUCUCUAUCUGCAACAGAUAAUGGGAUUUUCACCUGAAAGUGUUGCAGCUUUCAUUGCUGUUCUAGGAUUGAUGUCUAUUGUUGCACAGACAGUUGUAUUAAGUUUACUAAUGCGUUCCAUCGGGAACAAGAACACAAUUUUGCUGGGAUUGGGAUUUCAGAUUCUGCAGCUCGCCUGGUAUGGGUUCGGAUCGGAGCCAUGGAUGAUGUGGGCAGCUGGAGCCGUUGCCGCCAUGUCUAGUAUCACUUUCCCUGCUGUUAGCGCCCUGAUUUCCCGCACAGCCGAACCGGAUCAACAAGGCGUGGGUCAAGGUAUGGUUACGGGAAUCCGCGGGCUGUGUAACGGUUUGGGUCCGGCUCUCUAUGGCUUCAUCUUCUACAUCUUUCAUGUCGAGUUGGACCAAGUUCCAGAGAAAGAACCGGAUUUACAGCAUCACCACAAUUACCACCAACAGAGUGCAAUAAUCCCGGGACCGCCGUUCCUAUUUGGUGCGUGUUCUGUGCUGCUGGCGCUCCUGGUGGCGCUUUUCAUUCCCGAACACCCCCAUAUGGGCACUCGUGCGGGCAGCUGGAAGAAGCACACAUCCCCCCACGGCCACCCGCACAGUCCCCACCCUCCUGGAGAGGCCAAAGAGCCCCUUCUACAGGACACUAAUGUGUGAUUGGGAGUUUCAAUGUGGCUAUUUUGGUCACGCCCCUUAUUACACAUUGGGUAAGAAACUGCGCAUGGAGGCUAUUGUCAUUUAUUGAAAUGUAAAGCUAUAUCGGAGGCAUGGCCAGUCUUGCGCCUAGAGCUCUACCAUCCUGCAGAAUAUCAUUUAAAUACACCUGAACUUGUUCAUUAAGGUUUAUGGAAAUUACAGACAGGAAGGAAGUCUCUAAGAUUAAGACUGGGCGUUCCUGCUGAAUCACCAAUAGAGCACCACUUUUUAAAAGAAA